AGUAGGUAGAAUGUAACACGGAGGAACUGGAAAGUCAGCUAAUACUGACAAUCCAGGCUCGGGGCAAACGCAUUCCUUCGCUUCCUCUCAUUGGUUUACCGGGGUGCGUGGGCGGGGAACGCGCCAAGUCUAACGCUAGAAUUUCGUUCCCGCCAAGAAAGGAGCGCGCUUCGCUCUGAAUGGUUACUUCGCAAUGCCGGCUGAGCUGGACGUGCAAGAGACUCCCGCGCUGCCUCAGGAGCAGCUCCUCGCCGCCUCUGACUCUUCCUCAUGUCACGGAGAGAUUCAAUAUCUCCAGCAGGUCGAGCAGAUCCUGCGCUUCGGACACAAAAAGGAGGAUCGGACCGGGACAGGGACGCUAUCCAUCUUCGGGAUGCAGGCGCGGUACAACCUCCGAGAUGAUUUUCCAUUGCUAACAACUAAAAGAGUAUUCUGGAAGGGAGUACUUGAAGAAUUACUUUGGUUUAUCAAGGGUUCUACAAAUGCAAAAGAGCUUUCUGCUAAGGGAGUUAAGAUUUGGGAUGCCAAUGGUUCUCGGCAAUUCUUAGACAAACAGGGAUUUUUCUCUAGAGAGGAAGGAGACUUAGGUCCUAUUUAUGGCUUCCAGUGGAGACAUUUUGGAGCCGAGUACAAAGAUAUGAAUACAGAUUAUACAGGAGAAGGAGUAGACCAACUGCAGCAAGUAAUUGAUACAAUCAGAAACAAUCCAGAUGACAGAAGAAUUAUAAUGUGUGCUUGGAAUCCUAAAGAUCUCUCUGCAAUGGCUCUGCCUCCAUGCCAUGCUCUCUGCCAGUUUUACAUUUUAAACGGCGAACUCUCUUGUCAGCUAUAUCAGCGUUCUGGAGACAUGGGACUGGGCGUACCGUUCAACAUAGCUAGUUAUUCACUUCUUACUUCAAUGAUUGCACAUGUUACAGGCUUAAAGCCUGGUGAAUUCAUACAUACAUUAGGGGAUGCUCAUAUAUAUUUAAACCAUAUUGAACCCUUGAAAAUACAGCUUCAGAGGCAACCAAGACCUUUCCCUAAGCUCAAAAUUCUUCGUAAAGUUGAAAACAUCAAUGACUUCAGAGCAGAUGACUUUGAGAUAGAGGACUAUCAACCACACCCAGCUAUUAAAAUGGAAAUGGCUGUCUAAUGAACUUUUUCUGUGACUGUUUUAAUGUUCGGCCUGGAGUUAAUGCAUUAAGCAUUAUUUGUAUUCAAAUCAUUCAAAAGGUCAAAACCCAUUUUUUUUUAAAAAAAUAUAUAUACUCAGUUUUCAUAUAAUGCUUGAAUCUGAAGUAAAAUGUUAUAUAUGCAUCAUGCACAGGGUUUCUGUAGUUUGGAAUUAUCCAAUAAAUCAUAUAUGUUGUAAUAAACGUUAGUUGAAAUCAUAAGAGAAAGAUGUACUGCAUCACUCAUUUUUCAAGUUAACCUGGCAAAAUUCCAGUAGGAAAACACUGUAGAAUAGAAAAAAUGCAACAAAUAUAGCUUGGAGAUGUAGAUAGCAACUUUAAGAUGAAAUAGACUAAUUUUACUGAUGUCUUCCAAAAUGGCUGAAGCUACAAUAAAAAAAUUAGAGAACUAUCCAAAUUCCAAUAAAGGAGAAUAUUUGUAGCUCAGGGUUGA